AUGGACGCCGGGGAGUCACCCCCGGCGGUUAGUUUUGGACAACGCCGGGAACUUCCCGGAAACCUGACAGAUGAUUUCUGUGAAAUUGAUAUACCACUCCAUUCUGCCGGCGCCUGGGACAUCGGUGGAGCCAGAAGCUUUCUACAUUAUGUAUUACCCCGCCUUCAGCUGCAGCUAGCAGUCGUUUUUCUGUUCACUCAAUCCCUUCAUCUCUUGCUCAGGCGUUUUCAUAUGCCCCGCAUUUUCUCUGAGCUCCUGGCUGGUAUAAUACUGGGACCAACUGUUCUGGGACAGAUCCCAAACUUUCGAAAGACACUUUUCCCACAAGAAGGAGACAUAUACAUCGACUUAUUAGGCAAAAUUGGCUUCAUUUUCUUUAUUUUUCUCAGUGGAGUGAAAAUGGAUCCGAAAACAGUAAUGAGAACAGGUGCCAAGGCAUGGACAAUAGGAGUUGUUGCUGCCACCUUUCCAGUUUCUAUUGGCUUAGGGUUUGGCGCAAUAGCUGAGAAAGUUAUACACAGGUACCGAUGGCCAACUUGCAGGAGUAUUGUUGGAAUACAGAAUUUAUUCGCAUUUCCUGUAAUUGCUUCCAUGCUUGUUGACCUGCAAAUCAUAAACUCUGAGCUUGGCCGCCUUGCAUUGGCAUCAGGACUGAUUAGUGAUUUUUUGAGCGGUCUUGCUCUAAGUUCACUAUCCCUUUACAUAAUUGGGAAGUACUCCUUUGCAAAAGCAGUGGGAGCACAGUCUGUUAUCUUAACCAUUGGUUUAGUUUUACUUAUCAUUUUCAUCGGCCAGCCUGUUUCACAAUGGAUCAUCCAAAAGACUCCAGAAGGAAAGCCAGUGACUAGAGUUCAUAUCAUUCUGAUGUCACUAGUGGUUCUAGUAGUGGUUUUACUGACUGAUAAUGUGGGACUUCACUAUCAAUAUGGCCCUUUCUUGUUAGGCUUGGUAGUACCAGAUGGCCCGCCUUUGGGAUCGACAUUGGUAGACAGGUUGGAGACUCUAAUAUCAGGACUGUUCACACCACUUAUGAUUACUUACUGUGGGAUGAAAGUAAAUCUUGUUGAGAUUUAUGAUCUAAGCUUCAUGGUAUGGAUAUGGUGCAUCGUCGCCUUAUUUUUAGGAUUGAAGUUACUUGCAAUUUUCUGUCCAGCAAAAAUGUGCAAAGUACCUGUUAAAGAUGCUGCUGCUCUUGCCAUCAUUAUGAGUACACAAGGAGUUGUUCAGAUGUCAUUUUACUAUAGCAAUUUUGUAAAUCAGACAUUUGAUGGAGAGACAUUUUCCAUGUUGAAUACAAUAAUACUAAUACAAGCUGCAGCUUCACAUCUAAUGGUGAAGUUGUUAUAUGAUGAUUCAAGAAUGUACACUGGCUAUGAGAAAAGAGACAUUCAGCACACAUCACUGAAUUCAGAGCUGAGAGUGGUUUCAUGCGCACAUCGAGUUGAUGAUGUAUUGGCUGUUAGAAAAGUCUUCGAAGCUUCUUUUCCUACCAAAGAAAGUCCACUUUCAAUAUAUGGUCUGCACCUGGUCGAGCUUGUAGGCCGGGCCUCUCCCUUACUGAUUGAUCACCAAUUAGGCCAAAAGUCUUCCAAUGUCGCACGUACACACAAAAUGAUUGAAGUUCUUUAUGCAUACGAACAAGAAUACUCGGGAUUGGUCAGCGUGCAGCAAUUUACUUCAAUAUCUCUAACCAAGUUCAUGCACUGUGACAUCUGUACACUUGCCUUCGACAAAUCAGCAUCCUUGAUUAUACUUCCAUUUCACAGGAAAUGGAAUCACCAAGGAAAAUUGAUGUUAGACAGCAGUGUCUUGAGAUUAAUUAACACUAAUGUAUUGGAAAAUGCUCCUUGUUCAGUUAGUAUUCUUGUCGACCGCCACAAAAUACGUCGGAUGUCUCCUCUUUCAUCUGUUUACAACUUGGGAUUAGCUUUCUUUGGAGGAAUUGAUGACCGUGAAGCGUUGGCUUAUGCUAGGAGAAUGGCAAAAUCACCAGAUGUACAUCUGACAGUAGUUCGAUUUGUUCCAUGGGAACUUUAUGCAGGUGUCAGCCAAUGGGAAGCAGUGCUUGAUGCAGAAAUAUUGAAAGAUAUAAGAAUGCAAGGUGCACACCAGGAUAAUAUCAUUUACAAAGAGGAAAGGGUGAAAGAUGGGGCUGAAACUGCACUUUUAAUUCGUGAUAUGGAAGAAGCUUUUGAUCUAAUCAUUGUGGGACGACGCCAUAGUGAUGAUAUGCCACAGCUGUUAGGCCUUAGUGAAUGGAAUGAUUUGCCAGAACUAGGGCCAGUCGGAGACAUGCUUGCUGCUGCUGAUAUCAAUAUACCUGUUUCUGUGCUGGUGGUGCAACAUCAAAUUGUGAAGAAGAAAUGA